AUGUCCGACCCCACCAUGAACAGCCCAGACGGUGCCGGCGGCAAGCGCAAGCGCGAGGGCUCUGAUGAUCUGGGUCACGACACACAGCGUCUGAACCGCUCGUCGCACGGCAGUAACGGCAGCAUGCCGGACAACCAACACAACUUCGGCCACUCGAUUGGCUACGACCACGGGCUCGGUAACGCAGGGUCCGAGCUGAACAUCGACCAACAGAUCCUCCAGCAUGUGGGCCAGAAUGGCUUGUCUGAUGACAAUGCGCUCACUGCCAAUGCGAAAGCUGCGCUGGCCGCACACGCCCCUCAGCACAAGUACCCGCCGCCCCCGGAUACCGCGGCAUUCGACGCCAACAACUUGACGCAGGGCUUGAACUUUGGUGAUGAUAUGGGCCAGGGGCCUAUUCCCGGUGCCCACAACCACAACUCCACAGCCGCCGCCGUAUACGCUGCUCGUGAGGCGCAGAGCAUGAACCAGAAGCCCACUGUCGGUUCUCCCGAGUGGCACCAAAUCCGCAAGAACAACCACAAGGAGGUUGAGCGACGGCGACGUGAAGCUAUCAACGAAGGCAUUAAUCAGAUUGCCCGUCUCGUACCGAACUGUGACAAGAACAAGGGUGCCAUCCUGCAGCGCGCCAUCGAGUACAUCUGCCAGCUCCAAGAAGAGAAGAAGAACAUCGACGAGCGGUUCGAGCAACACAGCCUCACGGCCAACCAUGCCAUCAACGAGAUCAGCGGCUCCAACCAGAAGUUGAAGCAGGAGGUCAGCCGGCGCAAUAACAUUGCCCUCAAGUGGCUUCAACGCUGCCGCGAUGCCGGCCUCGACUUCGAUGAUUACGAGGAGGCGAAAGAAUUAGAGACCCUGGAGGGAAUGGAGUAA